AUGAAAGAAAUGGAGGAGUUUCAUAGAUUUAUUGGAGAUAAUGCUUAUAUCGAUGUUCCAUGUGAAGGCGGGAAAGGGGAUUUCAUGUUGAAAGAGAAAUUGCGUCGUCUUAAAGUGAUCUUGAUAACUUGGAAUAAAGAGGUAUUCAGAUGGAUUAAUUUGAAGGUUAAAGAAGUUGUUUGGGAUCUUAAUGACUUAGAUGCCCAGGUUAGUAGUUUGGGGUUUUCUUGUUAUGAAGAUAUGAAAAAGAAAAGGCUUUUGGCGUAA